GUCACCUCACACAGGAACUGACAGGCAUGUUUCAGGCAUGUUAUUUCUACUUUGUUUUCACACAAAAAGACGUUUUAUGAAACUUUGAACCCUUUUCAAAACCUCCUGAAUCUGAAUCCCUUCUGUCUCAUCCUCCGGUAAACACUGUAUGUGUGAGUAUUAACCAGACUGAUAACGUUAGCGAGGAUAGUCUCUGCUGGUUAGUGCAGUCAAGCAGCUGCUUCCACUCGGGGGGUGGAGAUGCUCCUCCGGUCGCUGUGGUCCAUGCUGGGAGCUCGGCUCACUGCAGGGAGGAAACCAGUCUGCCUCUGUGGAACCACCAUCAGGACCCGGCUCUCCUCACAGACUCUCCAUGUGAACUCUGUCCAGCAGAGACAUGUAGGACGUCCUGCUUCAGGGGGGGUCAGGAGUCCUGUCGGCUCGGUGUUAGCAUCCUCUGGGGUCCUGAGUGCACAGAGGCGUUUCUACUCUCCAGACAUCGUGAAGUCCAUCUUAAAAUCCACUGCAGCUCCAGCUGCUGCUUCUGGGAAGAGAGCUCCUAAAGGACCAAGGACCAAACAGCCGUCCAGGUCCAACCUGCCGUCCUCCAGCGAGGACAAGGACACCAUGCAGUGCAUUGCCUUUGCGACGGCAGACCAGUACCACCUGCCGACGCUCUGCCACGACCUGAUCAGCCACGGCUUCACGGAGAUUAACCUGCCAAGAGAUGCUUCCAAUGCUCUGGUGAUCAGCACGGACAUGGCUGCCAAACCAGACGACAACGCUCUCAUGUUCCUCUUCAGGGAAGGCUCCGUGGUGUUCUGGAACGUGGAAGAGAAAGAAAUGAAGAGAGUGCUGAGGAUCCUGGAGCUCCAUGAGAUCCAGCCCUACGAGGUGGCCUUAGUGCACUGGGAGAACGAGGAGAUCAGCUACACUGUGGGAGAGGGGAACACGAAGCUGGAGCGAGGCGACUUCAUGCUGAGCGACAUGAUGGACCAAUCAGAAGCUGUGCUGGAGAAGUUUGCCUUUUCUAACGCUCUGUGUCUGUCAGUGAAGCUGGCCAUCUGGGAGCACUCUCUGGAUAACUUUGUGGAGUCCAUCCAGUCCAUCCCGGAGACCCUGAGGUCUGGCAGGAGAGUGAAGCUGUCCUCCGCUGAGGUCAUGAAGAAGAUAGGAGAACUUUUCACGCUGAGACACUGCAUCAACCUGAGGUCAGACCUGCUGCUCACUCCAGACUUCUACUGGGACCGAGAGAACCUGGAGAAGCUCUACGACAAGACGUGCCAGUUCCUCAACAUCAGCCGCAGGGUCAACGUCGUGAACCAGAAGCUGGAGCACUGCACGCAGCUGACCGACCUGAUGAGGAGUCACCUGAGUGAGAAACACAGUCUGAGGCUGGAGUGGAUGAUCGUCAUCCUCAUCACCAUCGAGGUUUUGUUUGAACUUUCAAAAAUGAUCUUCUGAGCUGCUCCUCCAAAACAGCACAGACCUGAGGAGGGUCUGAGGAGGGUCUGAGGAGGGCCUGAGGAGGGCCUGAGGAGGGUCUGAGGAGGAUCUGCGCUGCCGGACACAGAGGUAUUUUCUCAGAUGAUUUCUGGAUACUUUUUUCCUGGAUGGACUGAAAUCUGGAAGAGGACCUGAACAUUUUGAAUGUCGUUCUGUCUCUGCUGCUCAGCACCGACACAUCAACACACACGUCUGUUCUUCCUCUUUUUUGAAAUGUUAACCUGCUGAAGAUCAUUGCUGGAAACAAAGUGCAUCAUGGAACAUUUAUGCAACAUUUCCUGAAGCCUACGAAUCUCUUGCCGUUUUGAAGCGGCAGAGAUUUCCUGUCGUGUGAAAUUAUUCUAGAAAAAAGUAGAAAAAAUAUGAAAUGAAAUACAUGUUAUUUAGUCCUCGCUGUUAUUUAUGAUGCAAUAAAGUGUUGUAAAUGUG